AUGUGUGGAAUAGGAAAUCGGAGGGAGAAGCAGCUCAUUAUAUUUGAUACCCCAGGGAUUCAUCGAAAGAUGCAAGGUUCGGAGGUCGAUCUUGAAAAUAAAUUGGUCGAAAUCAUGGCAAAUUGUCUUUGGAGACUAAGCCCCGGAUUUCAUAUUUUAGCCUUAGUGAUAAGUCUCGAAAGAAUAUCAGAGGACACCUUUCUCCUGCUAGAAGAAUUGGAAGAUUUAUUUAGAGAGGAAUUAACCAAGUAUGUUGUAGUAGUAUUUACAAAAACAGACAACUUGGAGAGAAAUCAAACUAUUCCUUCCCAUAUCGCUGAAACCGAUAAGAACUUUAAAGAUCUCGUAGAAAAAUGUGAUUAUGUUGGAAUUAAUAAUAAAGCUACUGACAAAGAGGAUAUGGAAAAACAAAUAACAUCAUUUUUUGAGAAGGUAGAACAGAAAAUUGCUAAAAACAAUGGCGGGUAUUACACAGAUGGGGAUUUCAAAAAAUCAUACGAGCCUCUGCAGGAGGAAUCAGCUAUGAGGGACCUAGAAGAAAGCUAUCUAAGGGUGGAGAGACCCCCUCCAAUAGAUGUUGAAGAACUGGCCAGAUCGAAAACUCGGUUGAAGUCAACAUGCUCCAUUUUAUAA